AUGCCUAUCAUGCCUGCGAAACAACUCUCCCAUCGUCGAACGGACUCGAAUCUCGCGAAGAAGAGCAUGUGUUCAGCACCAGGCCCAUUUGCUGGCCGUCCCCUCGCCAGGCCGCUGUCGGCAUCACCACUACCUCCCACCGAAGAAACCGACGAGACGCAUGUUAUUCGCCACGCACCAAGCAUGCCGUACCUUGAGAGUGGAUCGCGAUGGAUGGAGAAGCAAGAGGCGAAGUCAUUGAGGCAGGCAUUGGAGGAUAUGGAUUUGGAAGAGGAGCGAAAGAUUCAUACCGCAGCACAGGAUGAAGCUGCUGAGCUCGUGUGGAAACACCGAAACCCUGAAGCGGCGAAUGCGCCCAAAGUAUUCGCGAAUCCGGAUCUGCCGAAGGAUUAUCGCUCUCACUUGCGAAAGGGAAGUUAUCAGAGACGGCAGAGUCAAGAUUUCUCGGUGCAGGGCCAACGCAGCGCCUCAGAUGGCAGUCAGACAUCGAAUUCGGACAGCUCAACAACCUCCUCCACCAAAAGGGUCACAUUCGAAAGACCCCGAAAAGUGAGCCCACCAAGCGCCAACGGCGUCGUGUCCGUGCACAAGAGGCGGGAAUCCUCUUCCAAGAGCUAUGACCAUCUCGCAGAAGCAGUUGCCAACGACAUUGCGGUCGCGCAUCGCCGGACCAGCAGUGGGAGCAAGCGGAUAUUGAGUGGAGAGAAGAAGAUGUACAUGCAUCCCAAUGACAAGAUAUGGGAAGAUCCUUCAGAAGAACAGUCGCCGCCCAAGAAGCAGCCGCAAGAUUCCAAUGGGGAGCAGCAAGAUACUACAACUUCGACCCGGCCAUUGCCAUCUCAUGUUCGCAAGAACCCAUUCGCAAGAGUGCGAGCGCAGUAUGAGAAGAUGGAGCGCUCUAAUUCAGCGCCCACCCUGCAAACCCUGCCACCUGCGCCAGAUCUGAGGCACGAACGCGUGGAGAUUCAGAGGAACCCGCCUAGCCAAAGCCGGAAUCCCUGGUAUAUGUCAAAUGAAGCUUUGCCACCUACACCUCCAUCCACGAGUGAGCAUGACGCGGACGAAGUUGCACCAAAGAUGACACCUACCAAAGACGGAAAAGAGAUUCGCGGUGAUGAUAUCCGUGCGGCAACAAGCAAGACUCGAAAGGAUUAUAGUCCUAAUCUUCCAAGGCCCACGGUUGUGAGUGACAAGCCUGGGAGACCGAUUGUCAGCUUUGAGAAGAACUUCCAAACCCCGAAAGAGGUGGUUCUGGAGGAACAGCAAGCCGCUGAGCCUGAACCGGAGCCUUCGAAGAUGAGCAGAGCUGCGACGUUCCCGAAUGUGCCUUCGUCUGCGAAUUCGAGAUCUGGUAUUCCAAGGAUCGCAGUGGACGAUGGGCCAGCUUCGAGGCCGAUGAUUCCGCAGAUUAAUGUGCCCGAUGAAGCGCCUUCGUCGAGGCCGCCAAUUCCACAGAUCAACUUGCCAGGUGGACCAUCGUCGUCAAGACCAUCGAUUCCACAGAUCAACUUGCCGGAUGAGCCGUCAGUGCCUUCAAUCGUGCUGCCAGACGAUCCAUCAAACAGUACGCCUUCGAUCAACGUUGAAGCACCAUCUAUCAACGUCAGCGGACCAGACACCAGAGCACCUCCUGCUCGGACACAGUCUUCGCAACCACCAUUGCCGUCAACACGUCCGCUGCCACAUCAUGCAGCUACGGCACCUUUACCCACGAAGUCAAUGCCGCACUACACACCCUCUAUCAGACAGUCGGGAGCUCUCUGUGCUCACUGCGCGCUACCAAUCGCUGGUCGGAUUUUGAGUGCAGCGGGGGAACGUUUCCAUCCAGGAUGCUUUGUCUGUCACGAAUGCAAUACCAACCUGGAGUGUGUUGCGUUCUAUCCAGAGCCUGACAAACAGCGAAGUGAGCGACUCACGCGCGUUCGUGCGAGAGAAGCUGGUAUUGAGCUUCCAAUGCCAGAAGGCAUGACAGAUGAGGAGUUCGGCAGACAACAAGCUGGUGACGGUGACGAGACGUUGAGGUUCUACUGCCACCUGGACUUCCACGAGCUCUUCAGUCCUCGCUGCAAGAGUUGCAAGACCCCCAUCGAGGGUGAAGUGAUUGUGGCCUGUGGAGCUGAAUGGCAUGUCGGCCAUUUCUUCUGUGCACAGUGCGGCGACCCAUUCGACAGUUCGAUGCCGUUCGUGGAGAAAGAUGGCUAUGCGUGGUGUGUGGGCUGUCAUACCAAUCGCUACAGCUCAAAGUGUCGAAAGUGCAAGAAGCCUGUUACCGAUGUGGUUGUGAAGGCGCUCGGCACCGACUGGCAUAGUGAGUGCUUUGUUUGCACGGAAUGCAACGGCGAGUUCGUCGAUGGCAGAUACUUCUUACGCGGCGAGUCCAAGGAUCCUGUCUGCGUCAAGUGCGAGGAGAAGCGCUUGAAGGCGUAG